UCAGGAUUCUGCAUUUGUCCCUGGAAAGCCACGCAGUUCUCAACCAGUGAUCCUGUUCUAUUCAGUUUUUCUAUUUUGUGCAUUUUCUUUUCUAAAUGAAUGUACCUACAACAACGCCGGAAUUUUGAAAAACAUCUGACACACUGAGCCGUUUGAAGCCACUUCCAUGGAGACAUCUUCGCACUCUUCUAGGACUGUAUUUAACAGCGGGAAAUAAUUUUCAACAAACAACACUCCACCACUCUUCCCUCCUGGAUCAAACCUGGCAGUGAUGCAGGUUGGUCCUCAGGUCACCAGCAGCACAUCUCUCCAGAUCCCUCCCCAGCCUGAGACUCCUGUACUCAGGAACCAACUACCAUUCCUGCUGGACACCGCCCAGCCUGUCCAGGCCAUCAUCAAUCCUAAGCGUAUGGAGGGGCCCCUCCAGACAUCACAGCCCCCCAGGACCUGCGGCACACCAGAACCUGCUGGGAAAUGCUUGGAUGUGAGGGUGGCUGUGCUUCUGGUGACUCUGGCUGGAGCUGUAAUCCUGCUGCUGCUCUACAGACUCUUACAACUGAGACACAGGCUGAGGUUGGCCAGGGCAAGGCACGCUCUGGAGUACUACAGCUUCUAUCACACUGCCACUUACACACUGCAACACACUGCACUGUGUCGGGACCAGCCAGCAAAGAAUGGGACGGUCCCUGAAGCUACCCCGCCUGUCCAAAACGUAACCCUGGUGACACCCAAUGUUUUCACCCCACUUCCAGCCCCACCAGUGCCUUCUCAACCACCACUGCCAAUCCCCUCACCUACUGUCCUGCCUCCACCACCACUUCACACUUCACCUUCUCUCCUUCCAACACCUACUGUCCUCGCCUUCCCUCUCCCCCUGCCUGUGAUCCACACCACCCCGCCUAGCCCUCACCUGUCAUGGGGCGCCUGCUCAGACGCAGAUGUGUACUCUCGGAUUGGAGCUUUCAGGCCCUCUAGGCUCUCUAGCCUCUCCAACCAAUCAAAAGUCAUCCUAUUUGAACAUUCAUCUCUCUGACCUCUCUGACUGUGAUCAGUAUGUUGUCUCUUAAUUCAGACUGGUGGAAGCACUACAUGACACAGUGGAAAUUUCUUUCCCUGAAGAACUUUUACAACUUCACGUCUAUUCUUGUUUUGGAGAUAAAUGAGAAGUUCUCAUGAUUCAGAGUCUUACAACCUCCAGGAUCAGGUUUAUUUUAUGAAUACAUUAUAUUGUAAAUAGUAACUUUUUCUGUUGGUAAUUUCAAGUCAUCAAUCUUUGAAGUAUGUAGAUAGACAAUUCUUCAGACCUGCAGAAGCCCCCUCGGUUCUUUAGAACUGAAGAAGAUCUUCGGAUGAGAGGCAAAACAUCUUCAAGUAUCUUCAACCAGUCCAAUUGCCCUUGAUUUUAACCUUCCUUGGAUACUGGUUGGGUAAUGUCACGGCUGAUCCCUCAUGUGCUACACCACCUAAUACAGUAAUCAGUUUUUGCUCCUGUCACUUUCAGACCAAGGUCAGUGAUUUCAGAUAUGGCACCUGUGGCUUAAAUGCCUUAUGUAAAACGAUUAAGUGGUUUGCUUGGUAUAAUGUGCGAGAUCAUGUGUCUCAAAUAACUCAUUGAGACAACGGACAAACAUGAGAGUUGUAUUGAUCUUCACACCAGAAAGUGAAGUACAUUUCUCAGAAUGUCAAACUUUUGCUUCAGCGUAUGAAUAAACACUGGAAUGGCUCUUUAAGUUGGUCUGACUUAAGUGACAAUCACAUCUAAUUACAAUGAGUUGUUGAGAAAAAAGUUGGUUGAUUAAUUAAAUAGGUUAUGGCAUUUCACUGGUGCAAUAUCACAGAAGUCUGAUUAUAAAGUUAAGGGUGAACUCUGAAAGUUGACUUUCCAACUAAAUAACACAAGUUAACAGAAAUUGUUACUGCAUUGCAACCAAAUAUUUAACUGAGUGAGUCUUUUUAACUGACAAUUAUAGUUCUAAUAUAUGUCUUCAUUUUUACGCUGUAGUUACUGUAGCAGAGCCCAUUGUUUACCCAAAAGGGAGGCAUUUCCUGAGCUGGUUUUCCAUGGCAGGGUCCCUCCCUAUUUCACACCAUUCUCUGCAUUCUCUGUGUUUCCUCUGUCUCUCUGAAUUAAUCUUACUUUGCAUUACAGUCUUAAAUUAUGACUCUGCACAUUUUUAUUUAAAAAGACAAGAAUUAUGCAGAAUCAGUUACUGUGGAUGAAUUCUGAAAUUACUAUAGGAGACCAACCACUUUUGUGGAAUAUAUGUAUUCAAAAUGGUUUAAUUUUUGUGAAUGACUUCUUAGAUACUUCUGGUCACUUUAUUUCAUUUUAUGAUUUUUCAAUACAAUUUAAUGAAUGUUUGGAUUUGUAUCAAUUCAAUCAGAUUGUCUCAGCAAUUCCAAUUGGCUGGAAACAAAAAAUACAAAAUAAACACAAGCAAUUGGUUUGUCUCCCAAAAGUACGAUGUAAAAAAUGGUUAUGUAAUAUAAAAAUAAAUAAAAUAAUUUAUAAUUGGAAGUUGUAUUCUGCAAGUUUUGCACUUUUUCCUCACAGGGUCUGCCAAUACUGGGAAGAUGAAAUUAAUGCAUCAAUUCCAUGGAAAGAAUAUUUUAGAUCAAUUUAUAACACUACAGUAGAUUCAUAUUCAAGAAUAUUCCAAUUGAAAAUUUUUUACAAGAUAACUGCAACUAAAAAAAUGUUAUAUUUAUACCACAUUGAAAAUAGUCCACAUUGCAGAUUCUGUGAGGAAGAAGAGGAAGACCUAUGGCAUUUAUUUUACUUUUGUCCAUUUGUAUAUAAAUUCUGGUCAAGUGUCCAAGUUUGGUUAAAGACGGCUAGGAUAGAACUUACCAUAACACCACAAACUAUGGUACUUGGUCAUUUUACAGAUAGUGUUCUUUUGUUAAAUACCAUUUUAUUAAUAGGGAAAAUGUUUAUUUUUAAAACAAAAACAUCAUCAAGCUUGUGUUUAGAUCACUUUAAGAAUGUCAUAAGGUCUCAUCUUCUUUUGGAAAAGAUAAUAGCAGAAAGCAAAAAUAAAUUGGA